CAAAGGCCAAUCUCUUUGGUUUAUUUGCUUCAUGGGCCAUCUGGCAGUACCUGGUCCCCACACACCUCCAGCCUAGCUUGCCUCUCAUUCGCUUCACGCUUGACGUAGAGAACUCCAAGUUGAAACGCACACUCAUCUUUGCUGCUAGCGUCACUGACAUCAUCUCAAUGUCCAUCUCCAUUUGCUUAUCGAGGAAGUCCAUGUGUUCAAGCGUGAACUUGGACCCCUUGCUACGUCUCGGGUCAUCUUCUACUCUCCCCGUUGCGCGAAAAACAUUUCAGAAAUCUGCUGAUGCCUUCACAUGUUACCACAAUAUUGUCGUCCUCCUUCAGGAUCCUCUUGAUCUGUGUGUUGUUUUUGCCACUCUUCUUCAGGUUCACAAUUCUCGGAUGAGCGUAUAGAGUAAUCUUUGUCAUGUUGAGAUGAUGAAAUCAUGCAGUCCUUGAUCUUCUUCUACCAUUUAUACUCUUCCAAAAACAUAUUAUGCAUUCUUUCUCCCUGCAUUGGGGUAAAAAGAAUAUAAUUUAGGUCAUACUUGAUCACAUUAAUCACAAUUAUUAAACAAUAAGAGAUAUUUUAUUUAGCGACUUGCGUUCUGAUAGAGGUGUAUAAAUCCAUAAAGUUUGUGCCAUUUUGAAAUUGCCCGGAUGUUGAAAACCUCUCAUGGAUCAAGUCAUAAAUGAGGAAAAACACAACAAACAGCAGUAAAUACUUAUAAAUAAACUUUCACUGAUAUAAC